UGCUACAUUCCAAUUCAUCCAUGCAUGUCGCAUGCGCUGUUCGUAACGAAUUUAAAAUGGCGGCAAGUCGAUGUUGGGUUGUGGUGCAACGACAAAUCUUCUAGUUUUCUCCCACUUUGAGAGGUCCUGUACAAGCAAGAGCAACGAAAAGCAGGCCCAACAGGUUCCUUGAAGGCAUCCUCUGACAUAGGAAGAAGUGUGUCAGUAAACUGUAGAUAAGAAAGCUGGGCCAGCCCAGCAUCAUGGCCGACGCCCCAUGGCUGGUGUCGGUGGGCGGGGACGCGAAAGUGUGGGAGGUCCCCGGCAUGGCGCUGAUGUCAGAGUUCAACCCACAUCAACAGGACAUAUCAUCUGCCUGCUGGAGCCAUAACAACCAGUUCAUGGCCACAGCAUCUACAGCAGGAGACAAGGUCGUACUGACCUCCGUGAAGAGGGGCUCGUCACAUAACAUCGCUGAGUACGCUGUGGGGGAGAGUCAGACGUGUGUUGCCUUCCACUCCACAUCCCGGUACCUGCUGACUGGUGGGAAGGACGGAACCAUCCAUAUCUUUGACAUCAAGACUAAGAAAGUCAAGAAGCAAUACAAGGGUCACAGCGAUGCCAUAACCUGUGUUACAUUCAACUGGAACGACACGUACAUCGCGUCUGGCUCUGUCAACGGUAACAUCGUACUACAUAAUGUCACCACCAACCAGGCCAGCAGCCCCCUCAGUCUGCCUAAGAUGGAGGCCAUACGAGACAUCCAGUACUCGUACUUCAAGCGAUCGCUGCUGGGUUCCGUGUCGGACAGCGGGACGGUGGUUCUGUGGGACACCAACACGAGAAGACCGCUCCACUCCUUCAAGGACGCGCACCACGCCCCUGCCACGGCGCUGACCUUCUCGCCCGUGAACGACAUGCUGAUGGCGACCGUGGGGCUGGACAAGAAGAUCUGCUGCUACGAUGUACAGGGGAAAAGUAUUGUGAGAACGAUGACGGCAGAGUCGCCGCUAACGGCGGUAGACCUGAUGUACGACGGUGCCACACUUGUGGUGGGAUCAACACGAGGGAAGGUUUAUCUGUACGAUCUACGGGCUGGCACCACGCCACAGAAAGUGACACAAGCACACAAGACCUCAGUCAAGUGCCUCAAGUUCAAGUAUCAAAUUGCACAGAAGGCUGAAGGGAGAAGUGCUUCCCAGUCGUCCACUAAGAAGUCUGUACAGAAGUCGACGUCCCACCCCAACAUCAGGUCUGGCAGUGCUCGGGCGAGGGCAGAGGCACGACCUCCUAAGGGCAUCCCCCAGAGUGCUAGCACAGGCAGCAUUUCUGACCAGGACAAGCAGGCAGUGCGUGUUCCCUCCAAGGACAACUUGCAGAAUGAGGACAUCUUCUCCCCUAUCAGAGAUGGAUCGUCUGCGAGUUCGACUGGAGAUGCCUCUAACCAGCCACGCCCUCAGCUGGAGGGGAAAGCCGAUAUAAAGGCAGAUCCUGGCAGUAAUGGAAUGGGAGUUUUCUCCCCUCUGGGGGACAAUAUGACAACACCAGUAGCUGGAGUAAGAAAACAUCCCAUUGGUUCCGUGGACACCCCUGAGGGAGCGUCCUUCCUUUCCCGACCAAUGGCAGGCGGCGAGAGUAGCGAGUCUGAGCCAGACGCAAGGUUCUCAGCACCAAAGCCAUCCUUUGUGUCACAAAUCCCAACAUUGGGGAGAAGGUUCAUGCCAUGGAAGUGGAGGAAGCGACCGUCCAACCUGACCACAUCUACCAGCAGUGACAGUGAACCUUCCCUGGGGAUGAGACCAGCAGCUUCAGGAGCUCUCAGUUCCAGGAGACCAACCAGCCCGGGAGAGGCCAAAAUUGCUGAGAGGGGCCAUGUCAGUAGAAGAGGAAACAUGGAAGUCUUGAAAACAGGUCACAGAGCAGGAGUGCCCAUCACCAACCCAGCCAUGCAGGCAGCUCAGCACGUCCCCCAGCCCGUCCCCCAGCCCUCCAUCCCCCCCAGCCUGGCUAACUCCCCGUCUGACCCUGACCUGAAGGGAGCAGCCGCCCCACCCCUCCCCCCGGCCACCGCACCUGCCCCAGGGCUGGGCAUCACCACCCUGCCGGGGUCUCCUGCCAGAAGGGUGGGGUCUCCUGCACCGGGGUCACCAGAUGUGCGAGCUAAGGUGGGACUGCUGGGCGGGGCCUCCUCCAGCAUGACAUCUGUACGGAGUCCUGAGUCCGAGGAUGAAGUGGGAGACAGGGUCAAGAGAAGGGUGGAUGCCUCAGCUGCACACUACGGCUUACAGCCGUUCCAGAUAGAGUUUAUCAAGAAUCUGGUGGAAGAUGCCAUGGAUGAGUGCAGACUUGCUAUGCACACAGACAUUGUCAACCUGCAAGUUGAGAUGCUGAGGCAAUUCCAGAUCCAAAAGAGCGAAGUGAACACCAUGUUGCAGAGGUACUCUGUGAACGAAUCCCUGGUUUCUGAGAUUGAGAGAUUACGAGAAGAGAACCGCAGACUGAAGACUUACCAUUAGAUUUACCCCUCCGACUUGCGAACAAUGUAUAUGACAAGAAGUUUUGCCUCCUUUUGUGUGUUGCUUGCCAUCCAUGUACAGACUAUAUUAUGCUAUUUUUGUCUAUAUUUGUCAACACAAUAGAAAGGAUGGUUAAUUAUAAACUGAGAAAGGUGAGGGUUGGGAACUCUGUGUUCAGAUAUAUGAGAGAAUUUGUAUGGUCUGUAUGAUCUGAAAGAGCAAAAAUAAGGAUGUUGAGUGCCAGUUAAAACAACGCUUAGAGUAAGAGAGUGAUGAGCAGUGAACUGUAAGGAAAAGGACAUGGAAGACUACCUGUGUAAAUUUUGUGAAUGAGUUGUGAAUGGAUGUCCUAUUACUAAUUCAUCAAACACUGGAAACAUUUUUUGUAAAGUUAAGGAAGGUAGAAAGAUGUUUUGAUGUAUAGAUAUGUAGUUAUAAGUCUGCAAAGUGCACCUUUCACUGUGUGCAUCCACCAAUAUAUAAAUGUACCUAAUGAAAAAGCCAUAAAGACUUUUGUCAAUAUUUGAUGGUUCAAAGUUUCAAUUCAAUACUCAAACAUACUACACUCCACGUACCUUGGAAUCAAAUAAGUCACAUUUAUCCCUGGUAUUGUCUUUUGUUCUCAAACCUCAUUUGUAUUGGACCAUUUGUUGAAUAGGUAAUUAAAUCAACCUUCUGUUCUCAGGUCUAGACAGAACGGCAGAAGAAUUCUGAAUGUCCAUAUGUUAUUUAUAACCAUUGGACUGUUCCAUUCUAAAAGUCAUGUGACAUUGUUGAUUUUCCUCACAGCUGGGAAAUAGUGUAGUUAUAAUAGUAAUUGUCAUUUGUAAUUUACAAAUCCCCUCAUGUAGAACUGGUGCCCUGGAUUAUGAACUACAAAUGGAAAUAUGCUGGAAAGAUCAUUAUCCCCUUAUGUGAAUUCUCCGCAGCACCAUAUUUGUAUUGACCUCAGAAGUUGAAGUGAUAAUAUUUAAUUACUGGGUACGCUGUUUUGUGACACUGGAUAAAAUGAUAUGCUGUAUAAUCCAUCCACAGACUGAACAGCGUAGAGUGCCAUGAUUGUCUUUACAAGACAUCACCUUGAGGAAAAGUUGCAACGUACAACAUAUAAUUGCUGUAACAAAUACUCAGAUAAUCUGGAUGCAGUAUAUAUAUACAUAUAUAUAUAUAUAUGACCACAACUGUUACCACUAUUACAUUGUACAAUGGUUACAUAAACCUCUGCAAUGCCUGUAUGUACUGGACACAAUUGGAUUAACACUUUGAUGAUACAUGUACAUGUAUGAUCUACUGUACUCCCAUUUACCAACAUGAUUACUGUGUAAUUCAGAUGGGAAUUGUAAAUAUUCAGGGGGCAAAGCUGGCUAUUUCGAAAUCCAUGUAAGUAUUGUGUGUUGUAAGCUAACUGAAUGAAGUAGUCCAAAUCUGCACCAUAUGUACGUAGUUGUAUUGAAAUGCAAGGCAUCUACACAAGUAGAUAGCUCCUCGGAUGCAACCUUAUUGAACACAAAGCUGUCGCUUUAAAGUAGUAAUCUUAAUGGUACCUCACAAUCAUGACUUUCCUUCAGCCACAGCUUUUACACUAUGGCUGUCCUGUGGAGUUUCUUUUGUCUUAAGAAUUUAUGCAGUAUGUCAGUGCUUGGGUGGUUUAAAAUGUGCAGAUAUGAAAAGGCUCAAGAACUAAAAUGUAGACGGACUCAACUUUUGUAAACCCUGUACAUACUUGUACAAGAAACUGAUCACAAGGAGGUGUAAACUUAGAUUGUGACACUGUAUGUUAUACGAUGGUAACAGGCAAGGGAAAGGGUCAGGAAUAAGUUGUAAAUCUAUCUAACCAAAGCACAAUCCUCAGUUAACAAAUUGAAUGUGUGUGUGUACUUUGGAAAGAUCAUAACAUUGUAGAGGGAAGUUAGAGAAGUUGCUCUAUGCUGUAACAAAUUUUAUAUGAAACUAUAGAAGUUAAGAGAUUUGCACUUGCCACUCAUGUAUUUACAUUCCAGAAAAAAUUAAUAGAAGCUUCAUUGAAGUUGCAAAUGGCUAGAGUAUUUUUUAGAGAUGUCAGGAUUGGGAGUUGGGAACACAUUCAUAAUUGUUGGAGCAAAAUGGCUAUUUUGAGUUUUGUAAUAUAGGAACUGCUGCCCCCUAAAUUUUUUAUUAUUACUUUGAGUGGGAACCAGCAAAACUUGUUCACAAUAAAGUUAUUCCAUUUAAGAAUGA